UCAUGUAGUCAUGAUCACGCGAGGACGUUUUGUUCCAACCUGCUUUGUUUCUUUUUCCACGAUCACAAUUUCCACUCAGCUGUGACACCGUUUCCUGCCUGCGCGUGAGUGCGUGAGGGAGGAGGAGGAGGAGGAGGGGGGAGCCCGGCUGGAGCCCCGCCCCUCUCAGACACGUUGCCCAGGGAGAGGCUGCACGGGCUGAUGGGAGUCCUGCCUCCCUCCCUCCUCCCUCCCUGCCUUCCUGCAGUCUGCUCGGUUCAUGGUUUCACUCCAUCAUCAGUCCGUCCGCACACACACGCUGUUCUCACACACACGCUGUUCUCACACACACUCUGCUCUCACACACACUCUGCUCUCACACACACUCUGCUGCUGCUGCUGCUGCAUGUCCUCAGCUCACCGUGGGACGGGGAACACAGUCCAGGACUCUGCAGGAUUUUACAGUUUAGAUUUUCACGUUGCGCAAAAUUGAAACCCGGAUUCCUGAGAUGCUCCUCGCGACCCUCUGAACCCGGAGCAGGUAGAUCCUCGCGCUCACACACACACCUCAACCUGUGCCGCUCAGUGAUGCCCUCUGCUGGAUGAGUCUGUAGCGCCAACAUGUCGACCUCUGACUCUGAUUACUCCAUCGACUGGCUCGCCAGCGACGAGGAUGACAGCGACAGCGACAGCUCGGAGAGGUUAAGCCCUCAGCAGGCGGAGGAGACGCCUGUGGCACCUUCAUCAUCAUCAUCAUCGUUUUUAUCAUCGUCAUCGUCGUCACUGAGGGAUUCUCCUUCCAGCUGCUCCCACUGUGGAACCAUGAAGAGGAGGAGGAGGAGGAGGAGGAGUGACUGUCAGGAUGAAGGUCCGGACUCUCCGGGCGCCACGCUCAGUCCGAUUCGGGGAUUCACGUCUGUGUGCGAGCAGGUUAUUUUGGGGGCGGAGCUUCGUACAAACAGGAAGAGGUCACACGGCGCUGGAGAGGAGGGACUCUGUGAAAAACCUCAAACAGACACUGAACACCAACUUUUCCUACACAAGUGCUCAGAGCUGCGGUGCUACAUCCAGCCGCUGUCGUCCAUCCUGCAGGGCCUGAGGUCCGGACGCUACUCUGAGCGUCUGAGCAGCUUCCAGGAGAGCAUGGCCAUAGACCGGAUCCAGAGAAUCAUGGGGGUCCUCCAGAACCCACACAUGGG